AUUUUCUAGAAUUUAAUAUCUAGAUCUUUCCUCCCCUAGCCACCGUAACAUGCCGCCCUAACCUGUGGUGCUGUCUUUAUUUCUAUAGCCGCAGUCGGUUAGUUCCAUCAUUUCACGGCCUGGUUCGCCCUUUCGUUUCUAUUCGUCUGGUACCUCUUUCGUGUGAUAUUAACCGUCUUCUUCAUACAACGAAAAGAUGUUACGGAACGCGGUGAAAGGCGCGGCUAAGAAAGCCGUGACGGAGUUGUCGCAGUACCCAAAACCUGGCGAAAAACUCCAUGGCUUCACCUUAUUAAGAACAAAACAAGUGCCAGAGCUCGAGCUGACAGCGCUACACCUACGGCACGACAAGACGGGAGCUGACUACCUUCAUAUCGCCCGAGAGGACAGCAACAAUGUAUUCUCGAUCGGCUUCAAGACGAAUCCGCCCGAUGACACAGGUGUCCCACACAUCCUCGAACACACCACAUUAUGUGGUAGUCAAAAGUAUCCUAUACGGGAUCCCUUCUUUAAGAUGCUGCCCCGGACCCUCUCAAACUUCAUGAACGCCUUCACGGCUUCCGACCACACUUACUAUCCAUUCGCCACAACCAACGCCCAAGAUUUUCAGAACCUCAUGUCUGUAUAUCUCGAUGCAACACUGCACCCGCUUCUGAAAGAAACAGAUUUUACUCAGGAAGGUUGGCGAAUUGGUCCUGAAAAUCCUAGGAUCGCGGAAAAGGAUGGAGCUGAGAGUGCCGAGGAUAGUAAGCUUGUCUUCAAAGGUGUUGUCUAUAACGAGAUGAAGGGACAAAUGUCCGACGCCGGUUACCUAUUCUACAUUCGGUUCCAGGAUCACAUUUUCCCUUCCAUCAAUAACUCGGGAGGUGAUCCGCAAAAGAUCACCAACUUGACGUAUGAACAAUUACGCAAGUUCCAUGCUGAGCAUUAUCACCCGAGCAAUGCAAAGCUAAUGACGUACGGCGAUAUGCCGUUGGCCGAUCAUCUGAGGGAGGUUGAUGCUCAGAUGAAUGCAUUUGAACAGAUACAGGCAGACAUUGAGCACAAACAACCGAUCGACCUUAGUGAUGGACCACGUACAGUGACGCUCUUUGGACCGGUCGAUCCUCUUGCUGACCCAGACAAGCAAUAUAAGACAUCAGUAUCCUGGAUCACUGGCAAUACUGACGAUGUACUAGAAUCGUUUUCUAUUGGCUUACUCUCGUCUUUGUUAAUGGAUGGGUAUGGAUCUCCACUUUACAAGGGGCUUAUUGAAAGUGGUCUAGGCACAGAUUGGAGUCCGAAUACAGGCUAUGAUGGGUCGGCAGCCACGGGGAUCUUCUCUAUAGGAUUGACUGGGGUCGAGCAAUCUAAUGUAGAGAAGAUCAAGGGCGAGGUACAGAAGAUACUUCUUGAUAUUCGCAACAAAGGUUUCGAGAAAACCAAGAUUGAUGGAUAUCUUCACCAACUCGAGUUGAGCCUAAAGCACAAGACAGCAAAUUUCGGACUUUCCGUCUUGCAUCGUCUAAAGGGCAAGUGGUUCUCCGGUACUGACCCGUUCGACUGCUUGGCAUGGAAUGAUACUGUCAAGGCGUUCGAGGCGAAGCUCGCCGAAGGAAACUAUCUCGAGGGCUUGAUGGACAAGUAUCUCUUAAACGACAAUACUCUCACAUUCACAAUGGCUCCUUCGGAAACGUACGGUGCAGAAAUUGCGAAGGAAGAAGAUGACAGGUUAGCAGCGAAGAUCAUGGAAGCCACUAAAGAAGCAGGUGGUGAAGAAGCUGCCCGAAAAUUCUUCGAGAAGAGAGAACUCGACCUCCUUGCCGAGCAAGGCAAGUCUAACACACAGGACUUGAGUUGUCUACCAACCGUCUAUGUUAAGGACAUCCCAAGACAGGAAGAACCUGUCGUAAUAAGGGAUGAAGCAGCUCACGGCACUACCAUUCAGUGGCACGAAGCCCCUACUAACGGUCUGACUUAUUUCCGAGCGAUCAAUACCUUUGACAAUUUGCCGGAGGAGCUCCGAUCACUGAUUCCAUUGUUCACCGAUUGUAUCAUGCGGUUGGGGACGAAGGACAUGACUAUGGAACAACUAGAAGAUCAAAUUAAGCUCAAGACGGGAGGUGUAUCACUCGGUUACCUGUCAACCGCAUCGCCCACUGAUUUCCGCCAAGCUUCUGAAGGCCUCAUACUAAGGGGGACGGCUCUUGAUCGCAACGUGCCCAAAAUGUUUGAUCUUUUACGGAAACUUAUCCUAGAAACUAAUUUCGAUAGUCCUGAGGCCGCCCUUCGGAUAAGGCAACUACUGGAAGCUGCCGCAGAUGGUGUCGUGAAUGACAUCGCAUCUUCAGGUCACGUCUAUGCUCGAAGAUACGCCGAGUCAGGAUUAACACGCGAGACAUACCUCGCCGAGCAAGUCGGUGGUUUAUCACAGGUCAAGCUCAUCACGUCACUAGCUGGGCGGCCAGAGUCAGAUCAAUAUGAAGACAUAAUUGAGAAGCUCAAGCAAAUCCAGAAAUUUGCUUUGGCGGGCAGUAACAUUCGCACGGCGUUGACGUGUGGUGUUGAUAGUGUCCAAGCCAACUCUUCGGCGCUAUCUCAGUUCAUGGCAUCUCGGCCGACUGACCCUGUCACGUUUCCGGCUGCUGGGAAACAAACGUUUGCGAGAGAUAUUAAAGCGUUCUUCCCACUUCCUUACCAGGUCUAUUACGGUUGCCUUGCCCUCCCAACUGCUUCCUACACGUCUGCACAUGGUGCGCCGCUUCAGAUCCUGGCGCGACUUCUAACUCACAAACAUCUUCAUCACGAAAUCCGCGAGAAAGGUGGUGCUUAUGGUGGCGGCGCUUACAUGAAAGGUCUUGAAGGAAUAUUCGGUUUUUACUCAUACCGAGAUCCAAACCCGCAAAACACUCUUUCCAUCAUGAAGAGCGCCGGUCAAUGGGCAGUCGACAAGAAAUGGUCAGAUCAAGAUCUUGAGGAAGCGAAGAUAUCGGUCUUCCAGGGUGUCGAUGCACCCAAGUCCGUGAAUGCGGAGGGUAUGCUCCGUUUCACGGCCGGUGUCACACACGAAAUGCAGCAAAAGAGACGCGAACAACUUUUGGAUGUGUCCAAGGAUCAAGUUCGCGAGGUUGCCCAGAAGUAUAUCGUCGACGCCCUGGCGAAGGAAGAAGAAAGAGUCGCCUUCCUGGGAAAGAAACAGGACUGGGUUGAUGGCUCCUGGAAGAUAAACGAGAUAAACGUUAACGGCGCCGAGUAACGACGUUAUGACGAAAUAAAUGAUGUACAAAAUACCUGUACAAUAUUGUGCAAAUACCCUCCUCCAGCUAACUAGACUAGCCGUAUAUAAUCAUGGCGGUUCGAAAUCGAACCUGUUUCGUGCUGACAGUGAUUAUUUGCAGGUGAACCAUAUCAUGCGAAAGAGCACACCCCAGUGUGUACGUUCAGCGUUCAGAUACGAUACGUCUUCUUGCUCGAUAUCUUCUACGGGAGACUCUACUAUAGCAUGGAGACCACAAAAAGACGCGAGAGUAAACUUUUUUCGAGAUAGGGUUAGUGGACAACACUUCGAAAGGGGCUGAUGGACACAAAACCCUGUUCUCUCCUGCUCGUUCUUUCAGACUCGGACUCCUUAACGUUAGGACUCCGGACUAUAGAACAGAGUACAUACUAGAUUGGUUGAGAGACGAGAAUAGAAAUUACUGUAUUCUCUGCCACAUAAGCCAACUCAUUAGCGCCGUCAGAAUACGUAGGUACCUCGUCACGAUAGAUGAUGUGAAUAGGACACGUUUCCUGUAUACAUGGUUUAUAUAUAUCAUGAUUCAAUCAAGAAUAUUAAGC